AUGUUAUUUUUCUCAAGAAUUUAUUUCAGUAUCGUUUCAAAGAUGGGUGGCCACGACCACGGACCUCCGUACACAGUUCCAAGCUACAAACAGUUUAAGAUUCAGGGUAUCUGGCAACUUGAAGAACUCGAGAAGGCCCUGCAGAAAAAAGGGCUGAAAGACCCAUGGAUCAGAAAUGAAGCAUGGAGGUACCACCCAGGUUUUGGCACUAAAGCGAAGAGAUUCAUGUUAUGUGUAUUCCGUGGCUUCCCUGCAGGAUUGGGUCUGGCGCUCCUUACAGUAGGAAUACAAAAGGCCUUAGGAAGUGACGAUGGCCAUGGUCAUCAUUGA